AUGAACAAAGCAGGCUAUGAGGAUGCUCUAGAGCGUUACCGGCAGAUUCGGAAGAGCAACACACGGGUCGCAACCUCGGGUCGCCCCUUUGUCCUGGUACAAAGCCUUGCUGCCCAGCUGCGGCAGCCUCUGUCCGGCUCUGAUGAGAGUACUGCUACCAUUUUCGAUGGCCUUUGCCGCUGGGUAGAGUCUCACACGGCACCGUACGAACGCCGCCAUCUCGACCAGCCGGCGUGCGCUGGUCGCUUAGCCAUCUUCUUCAUCCUGGUCGAGCUCGAGCUGCCCAAGUACGUCAGCCGUUCUAUGUGGGGAGCGAUCAAUGAUGCGCACCUCCCCUUGAACCACAAGGAGAUUACCGAUCUGCUGUUCCUCAACGAAGACUCGAGCUCGGUGAAGAGAUUCCACGACGCCCAGUUUGAAUGGUGCCCGAUAAGCUUUUACAUGGGGAUGGACCUAUUCUAUGCUGGCAGAGUACUCCCUGUUUACCGAAAAACGAAAUUCCCAUCAUCAGAAGUUGAUGACAAUGCCGAGUCCGGCUCGACGCUUUGGCAAGUUGAGGUCCCCGGGGAACUCGUGGAUCAACGCCUAAAGGAGGCGAUGCCGGCUGCAGUGCUGGGAGAACGCGACCCGUUGCGAAGCGAUGACGCUGAAAGCAAUGUAGGCGAGGCAGGUCUUCACAAUACCAUCGUCUCUGAAACUCCACAUUGA